AUCGAACUGUUUUGUGUAUAAAGAGUUUUUGUCUUUCUGCUUAUUGAGAGCAAACCUGAAUUAUCAAUGCUAUUGUCGACUAUUUCUGAGGUUUAUGCACCGUCCACCGGACCUGAUUACAAAGAAGCAAGUGAUUCUCCUGUCCCGAAUUAAUUGUCCCGAAAGCCAGUGUUUGAAAUUGUCUUGCAUCAGAUGCGACAUUAGAUUGCGUAGUAUUACAUGUAAAAGCUACUCGUUUUUUAAAUCUACUUUGGACAAGUCGUAAGUUGGCGAAGAGGCGCUGGAAUGCAAGCAGUACCCUUCGAACAGCCCCAUAUCAUAUCCUGUCUCACUAUCGUUCUCAAUAUCAACUUAUUCACGCCCCAUUCUGAAAUUCGUUUCCUUCUUUUUGUAAUAUAAAAUAAAUUGGAGGUUUAGUUGUGAACACGCAUUUGAAUAUCGAUAACUGUAAACUGCAUCAAUUGGCGCACCCUAAAUUGGUUGGUUAUUUUUUAAAUGAAAAGUUAACUAGAACACAUCAUGAAGCAGUCAAUUAAUAGUGUUUAGUCGUGCAUUAAAGGGGCAUCUCCGAAUGUGAAGCCCACCAAAAGCGUUACUUGAAAUAAAGUAUCUGAAGCAAACACACAGCUUUCUAUGAGUAAUCCAAAAAGGCCUUCUGUAAAACCUUCAUAAUACAACAUUUUAAAAAGUUUGAAAGUGCUACAUAAUUACACAUUCGUAAAUGUAACCCCAAGGCUUUCGUACCAUUGGUGUUGACUCUAAUAAACCUAUGAAACGUUAUGGCAAACGUACAAACAGCUAUUAACCUUGAUUGUGCUAACACUUCAGCUGCUUUAUUUUAAUUCAUUACUUAGCGCAUUCAAAGUGAUGCGCAUUAGCCACCCAGGCCACGUUGCGCUCAAAAACCUUGAUUUUCAAAUUUGCGUUUAGAACUAGGAACUAGUAGAAUCUCGUUUACUCGAGUGGAUUGCAGUUUUUUCCUACCGCUGGAGCUCCGCGUGUCGGAGUCAACGAUAACCUUUCUUAGCGAAGCGAAGUAACUUCUUAUUAUCUGCAGGGGACAAGGUUUUUUUUUUACUUACAAAUUCAUUAACGUACAUUCAUCUGCAUAUUGAACUCAUAGUGUCGGCCGACGACGUUAAGUCGUGUCAUUCUGUUGUCACCUAACAGGGCUAUCGGAAAGUGCAGGCUGAGCCUAAUCAAUUUUAAUGAUUGACUAACAAAAGCACUAGCUGGAUGCUAUCCUCAUCGAUCGUUACUAAACCCAAUCCCUAUGCGCAACUAUUUAACGUCUGAGUGAUGCCACACGUACGCAUGCCCGGUGUGAAACACAGAGUUGAUUGAGGAUAAAGACGUCUUUAUCCUUUAAUCUUAUUUAUUAUUGUUACUUAUAUAAUUUUAACGUGUAAAAUCAAUUUAUAGCUUCUAGGGGUAAAAUCAAGUACUAUUCAAAGACGAUCUAGACAUGCUACGUAGAGCGAGAGAUAAGACAUGGUAUUAACCACUAUUUCCAAAGGCGUUUUGAGGAUCCUGCAUCUAAACACUGCUUCUUUUUGCCGUUAUUCACCCUUAAGUCUCUCCAUCGUAGUCGAACAAGAUGACAAAAUGAUCGGUCCCUACCUUGAUCGACUAAAUCAGUUAGCGAUUGUAUUGGCCAGUGGCUCGCCUCGACGGAAAGAACUGUUGGAACAAAUUGGUUUAAAAUUUGCAGUUGUCCCUUCGACCUUUGAGGAGAAUCUCAAUAAGAAAGCAUUUAGUGCUCCAGCAGAAUACGCACGGAAAAACAGUGAGCUGAAGGCUAAACAGGUUUCUGAAACUUCACACGCCAAUCUCAUAAUAGGAUGUGACACUAUAGUAACAGUGGGGGGACUAAUCUUGGAGAAGCCGAGAUCCACUGAAGAAGCAAAAAGUAUGAUCUCCGCUUUGAGUGGGUCACACAGUGAGGUGCAUAGUGGAGUAUCCCUCAUGGUCCGCGGAGAAGAUGGCGAGCUAAAGUUAGCUGCCUCAUUUACAGAAACAACAUAUGUAGAGUUUUCGUCACUUUCGGACGAUGUUAUUGAAGCCUACAUUGCGACUGAAGAACCAUUUGAUAAAGCUGGUGGUUACGGCAUCCAAGGUUCCGCAUCGGCUUUUGUACGAGGCAUUCGCGGUGACUACUUCAAUGUGGUGGGAUUUCCAAUCAACCAUUUCUGUCGCGAGCUUGAUCAACUCAUCAAAAACGGGAGCUUAAAGUUUCUAAACGACUGAUCAAUGAUUUAGCUUCUUUUACUCUGUUAUAUGUAAAUAAUAUAUGGUAAAUAAGUUGAAUGACAGAAGCGCACUUGAUAAUUUUGUAUGUUUAUUGUCGCCAUUCGUCUUAACGGCGGUAAUUCACGAAUACGACCGCCAACAAUGUUCUACCGAUUACGCAUUGUACUUUGCAUAAAUCUUUUGCAUUUUUGCAAGGUUCGUUGAAUAAAUAAUAAUGCUAUGAGCCA